GGCGCUCAGCUGACGCGGCGGGGGCAGCGGGCCGGACCGGAGCGGACCGGACCCGCGCCUCGCCCUCCUGUCCAUCCAUCCGUCCGUCCGUCCGUCAGCCCAGCCGCCCGCUCGGGGACGACAUGGCCACCACCGUCAGCACCCAGAGGGGCCCGGUGUUCAUCGGGGACCUGCCCCAGGACUUCCUGCGCAUCGCCCCCACGGCCCAGCAGCGGCAGAGCCAGCUGGACGCCCAGGCGGCCCAACAGCUGCAGUACGGGAGCCCCGUGGGGACCGUCGGCCGGCUCAGCGUCACCGUGGUGCAGGCGAAGCUGGCCAAGAACUACGGGAUGACCCGCAUGGAUCCCUACUGCCGGAUCCGGCUGGGCUACGCCGUGUAUGAGACGCCCACGGCCCACAACGGAGCCAAGAACCCCCGCUGGAACAAGGUCAUCCAGUGCACGGUGCCCCCCGGCGUGGACUCCUUCUACCUGGAGAUCUUCGACGAGCGCGCCUUCUCCAUGGACGACCGCAUCGCCUGGACCCACGUCACCAUCCCCGAGGGGCUGAGGCAGGGCAAGGUGGAGGACGAGUGGUACAGCCUGAGCGGGAGGCAGGGCGACGACAAAGAAGGCAUGAUCAACCUGGUCAUGUCGUACACGUCGCUGCCCGCCGCCAUGAUGAUGCAGCCCCAGCCGGUGGUCUUGAUGCCCACGGUGUACCAGCAGGGCAUCGGCUACGUGCCCAUCACAGGAAUGCCCGCCGUCUGCAACCCUGGCAUGGUCCCCAUGGCGCUACCCCCGCCAGCAGUGGCUCCGCAGGCCCCGUGCUCUGCCGAGGACCUCAAAGCCAUCCAGGACAUGUUCCCCAACGUGGACAGGGAGGUCAUCCGCUCCGUGCUGGAGGCCCAGAGGGGGAACAAGGACGCGGCCAUCAACUCCCUGCUUCAGAUCGGGGAGGAGUCGUAGGCUCUCCCCUCCUCCCCCAGCCCCGUUCCCUCCGCGCCCCCCACCCCUCGCCCCUUCCCCGCCUGGCCACCUCUUCCCCCGCCCCGCCGCGGCCGCGGGAGCCGGUCCGCGGCAGACGCCUUCCCGUCGGUCGGCUCUUCCCCGUCCCUCGUGUCCCUGGCGGCGGGGGGCUCGGGGAGCCGGGAAGGGGCUCAGGGCGGCCCUUCCUCCUCCUCCUCCUCCUCCAUCCUCCUCCGCGGGGGCGAGCUCCCGGCGGCGGCGGCCCGCGAGCUGAGGGCCCCGACGGGGCGUGCUGGACUUCUCCCCUGCCCACCUCCCCCGCCGCUUCUCCCCUCGGCCUUUUAAUAAAUCCCCCGGCUCCCGAAAGUAGCCUCUGUAGCUUAGGGAGAAGCCGAACCCCGAGUCCGCCCCCGAUCUUCCCGGAGGGGGGCCCCGCCACCCCUGCCGCCUCCGGUCCGUCUCCCGGGCAGCCCCCGUGGGUCGGCUGAGCGCCGUCCCCGCCCCGGCGGCCCCCGGGGCCGGUGGCAUCCCGGGGUGAGCGAGAGGCAGGGCCCCCGGGCCCGGCAACGGCGGGCCCGUCCGGAAGCGCGUCCGAUCUGCGGACAACGGGACCAACCGAGGGGUCCUCAGGGCACAGUUGGAAAGCGGCAGUGGGGUCUGGGCGCCGUCACUCUUGGCCGCCCCGUUGGCCUUGGCCUGCGACCACCCCUCGGCCUCGAGCGUGCUCGUGUCUUGGCUCGGCCGGAGGGUCCCAGGCUCCACGUGGACCUCCAGCGGAGUGGCCGGCUCAGAGUGUGGCUCCGUGCCCCUGCGGGGGUGCCCCCUCCACACCUCCAGAGAGAAGGAGCCCCGGGAGCGGCGCCCCGAGAUCGUGCCUGGAUUCCUCCACCCCCCGCCCAUCGUUCUGCCCUCCUGGGGACCCGCCGGUGAGCGAACGGGGGCCGAGAGUCGACGGCACCCGGGGCCGCCCCUGGAUCUCUCCUCCCCUGCGCCGGGUGGCCCUUCCCGCCUACCCCGAGACCGCCGGGGCGUCCGCUUUCCGACCUGCUGCUCGUAAAUAUUUAUUUUUUUAGGACUUGAGGCAAGAGCGCGGUGACGCUCAUCAGGUGGGUUUUCACGCGUCGGGUUUCUGCUGGGUGGCAGCGACUGGGGAGACCCCCCCCCCCCCCCCCCCCCGGGAGCCUUUUCUCUACCACGGAAAAGACAGCGGGGCCUUCGUCCCGGGCCCACACAGGGGGCAUGACCGAUGUCUUGGGCGCCCUGCCUGCAGAAGCCCCCCACCCCGACAGCGGGGAGCGGGGGGCCAUCCGCUCGAGGACCCGUGGCCCCUCGGACGUCGGCGGGCUCGUCCCGGGCUGU